UUUUGUAUUGUGUGAGUGAAAGUGAUUAUGUGAAAAGAAAAAACAGUAAUAUUCAAGUGAUUUUUAUUGUUUGAUUUUUGUUUUAUUGAUACCUACAGCAGCAUGAUCCUCCUCCUACUUCUAUUGCUGCCAGGAGUGAGGAGUCAGGAAGGCACCAGCCCCAGACCUCUCUUCAACGCUGUUCAGUUUGUGCCACAUAAGAAUGCCAAAAAAGGGCCAAUACUAUUCCCGAAUGACGCGCCACCGCCUCCUCCGACCCCUCUCAUCGUCACCUCACGACCCCUCAGCGAGUCCAUCGCCAGGAGCGAGCUGAACCCCAACAACACCCUGACAGCUCAGUCCCAGUUCCACCAGGUCUCUUUCAAGCCUGAAUUCCUAGCGAGGAACAAGAAUUAUAAGCCGUUUACGUACAAUGUGGCGACGGCUACUCCUGUGUAUGACUAUGGGCUGUCCAAGUUGGGUUAUGAGAAUCCGGCUGGUGGACAGAGGGACAAUUUUUAUGAUGAUUAUGAGAAACAUUGGAUGGAACCGAUUCAUCCGAAAAGAGAAAGUCUUCACAGAAGAAAAACAUAUCCUUGGGAGCGUCCGCUACGACAGAGAAGAUAUGAACAGGACUAUGAACGAAACCCUAACGCAAGAAAAACAAUUCACGAUAAUGAAGUGAAAAGCAGAGAAAUACGAUAUUACCACAGCCCUUACAGUAGAGAAUUUUAUUAUUACGAAGAUGGCGACCAUCGUAUUCAUCAUGCCGCAGAACAUAGUCUUGAAGCUCUUGAAAACGAUAUGGAUUAUAUGGAUACUCGAAGAAAAUCUAAUGUAGAAGAUAGAAGAAGAAUUCUCUAUAGGAGGCCUCAAUAUCAUCAUCACUAUCAUUACAGAAGAAGAAAUAUGAACAGGAGAGAACACCCACACAUUGCUGGCGACAGAGAUGUUCUAGCGAGACCUAUACGCGACCCUGAUAAAAUAAAAACAUAUGACGGACAAGAAAGAAAUAAAAACAAUAACACUAUUGAUACAACUAGAAAAUUUAUUGAAUACAAAGAUCGCAUUUUAAGGAGAGGUCAAAGCUAUGAGCAACUCAAUCGAAACAAUGACAAACUCGGCGGCAAUAGCCUGGAAUUUUCCAAAACAAUCCCCGAUAAAUACGGUCGAAAUUUUAGAAGAAUGCCUUCUGACAAUCCACAGCCUCUCAGAAUAAGACCUGUGUUAAGCAUAGAGAAUAAGAUAAGCCAUUAUGGAAAGCUACGUCCUCAGGACAGUAUGUAUAAUUUGCGAGGAUCUAGAGAAUAUAGGGGAAAAGUCCCAAAUCGCAACGUUUGGCAAAGACUGGCAGAUACAGAUAAUGAAGAAAUAUUUCUUAGAAGAAGGCCUUCACAUAGUCCUGAACAGCAAAGUAGUGAGAAACUUAAAGAUUUACCCAGAAUUAAAUCUAUGGAAAGUAUAGACUUUUUGGAUAAUAUUCUGAGUGAGAAAAAACCUCAGAUCCCUGAGAAGGUUGAAACGACUACUCCUCGUAUUCUUGAAAUGUUGAGGCAAACUGAAGCUCAUACAGAAAGGAUUCCAAAGAAACCAUUUUACAAUCCAGAAACUGGGGAAAUGCUGCAGGUUUUUAUAACUAUUCAACGAAAUGUGCAACCACUGUACGGGGCGACGGGUGAGGGACAUCAGAAUAGAUACUCAUCUCCGCAAACCGACAACAAAUACAAGGAAUCUCCACAGCACUAUAACUACCCAACAAAUGAGGGUGAUCACGACCACAGUAAAGAAUUUAAUCAUGGUGAAAACUACGCCUUCUCCUACACAGUGAAAGACCACAAAACUGGUGACGACUUCUCUCACUCUCAGCAGAGCACAGGAUCAGCUACCAACGGAGAGUACAGAGUUCGACUACCAGACGGACGCAUGCAAAUAGUUUCAUACACAGCUGACGAAAAUGGUUAUAAAGCUGAUGUUAGAUACGAUGAACAACACAACCAAGAUAAUAGUAUUGACAUUGAUGUAAGCAAAGAAAAUCAAUAUAAAACCCAUAAUCUGCCAACCACAUACAAACAUACUAAUCCUCCGUAUAACGACCAUGCAGUCGAUACAGAUUCUUUAGAAAACGAAGAAUAUAUACGUCAACACUUACGGAAUAAUAAAGGCAUUAAUAUACCAGAAUUGCCCAAACCUACUGCGUACAGUAAUCCUCUAAAUGAUAUUUAUGGUAAUCAUGACAAAAACUUUGAAACAAUCAAUGAUUAUGCAAACAAAAAUGAUUACCAACCAUAUAUUAAUAACUAUCAAACUAAAAGUACUUACGUGGAUGCAACUAAAGUGAGUGUCAAUGACAAUGGAAGUGGUGGUUUGACUGAUAACAAUAACGAAUAUUUAGAACAUUAUAAUGAAAAAUUCAUUGAAAGAAACGACAAAGCGCCAAAAACAAAAGAUGACGAUUAUUUCAAAUUCUCUCAGGAAUUACCGUCUAAAGAGCUUAUGGAUUAUUCUUCGGAACUCAAUGACCCAUAUCAGCCUCAUAAAAGCAAAUUCUCUGCGUUCGGUAAUCAGGAUGCAAAAACAAAUGUUGUACCAUCUUACGAUGACUUAAAAGAUCUUUUUGUUACAAAUCCCAAUGGUCGUAGAAAUUCUCCUUCUAUCGCUACUACUGCUAGACCUCUCUAUGAUGUAACACCAGUUGAAGUUGUUGAAAUAACACCGAAAAAAACAAAUUUGUAUACUAACAUUAAGAAUAUUGUUACUCCUUUACCUUAUUCUUUUUCUACGGUAUCUCCGACAACGCCUAAAAGUUAUUUAGUCUCUACAAUCGCGAAUUUGAAACACCAAAUAAACUUAGCUAGUAAGCCUGUUUUGUCAAAUCAGUUUAUCAAUAAGAUUAAUAAGUAUUUAUCAUAUAAGUAAAAUAUAAAAAGUCGACUUUAGUUUUUAGGAUGUAUAUAAUUUAUUUUUGUAUA